CGGGCGCGGGGGACACGGGACGCAGGUACGGCGGGCGGCCCUGGCAGGCACCUCCCGGGCCGAGCCGCGGCUCGCAGCGGCGUUCAGGAGGCAUCCUGCGGCGGAGGAGGGCUCGGCGCAGCCAUCGGCGGGCCCGCGCCCCCGCGGCACGGACGGGGCGCGGCGGAGGGGCCGCCCGGGAGCAGCGGGAGCGGAGCCGCGGCGGCGGAGCGGGAGCGCAGCGGGAGCGGAGCGCGGGGCUCGGCGCUGCCCGGCCGGCCGAGCAUGCACUGAGCGAGCGGCCCCGGGCUCGGAGCCGCCCCGCUGCAUGGUGUGGGGAGACACGGUCGCGAUAAUAAAUGAUAGAGGAUACAAUGACUUUGCUGUCUCUGCUGGGUCGGAUCAUGCGUUACUUCUUGCUCAGACCGGAGACCCUGUUCUUGCUGUGCAUCAGCCUGGCCCUGUGGAGUUAUUUCUUCCACACGGAUGAGGUGAAAACCAUUGUUAAGUCCAGCAGGGAUGCGGUGAAGAUGGUGAAGGGCAAGGUGGCCGAGAUCAUGCAGAAUGACAGGCUCGGGGGUUUAGACGUGCUGGACGCGGAGUUCUCCAAGACCUGGGAGUUCAAGAGCCACAACGUGGCUGUCUACUCCAUCCAAGGCCGGAGGGAUCACAUGGAGGACAGGUUCGAAGUCAUCACCGACCUGGUGAACAAGACUCACCCGUCCAUCUUCGGGAUAUUUGAUGGGCACGGAGGAGAGUCGGCAGCGGAGUACGUGAAGUCGCGGCUGCCCGAGGUGCUGAAGCAGCACCUGCAGGACUACGAGCGGGACAAGGAGCACAGCGUGCUGUCCUACCAGAGCAUCCUGGAGCAGCAGAUCCUCUCCAUCGACAGGGAGAUGCUGGAGAAGCUCACCGUGUCCUACGACGAGGCAGGCACCACGUGUCUGAUCGCGCUGCUCUCCGACAAGGAGCUGACCGUGGCCAACGUGGGCGACUCGCGCGGCGUCCUGUGCGACAAGGACGGCAACGCCAUCCCCCUGUCCCACGACCACAAACCCUACCAGCUCAAGGAGAGGAAGAGGAUCAAGAGGGCCGGCGGGUUCAUCAGCUUCAACGGCUCGUGGCGCGUGCAGGGCAUCCUGGCCAUGUCGCGCUCGCUGGGCGAUUACCCCCUGAAGAACCUGAACGUGGUGAUCCCUGACCCCGACAUCCUGAGCUUUGACCUGGACAAACUGCAGCCAGAGUUCAUGAUCCUGGCCUCGGACGGGCUGUGGGACGCCUUCAGCAACGAGGAGGCCGUGCGGUUCAUCAAGGAGCGCCUGGACGAGCCGCACUUCGGCGCCAAGAGCAUCGUGCUGCAGUCCUUCUACAGGGGCUGCCCCGACAACAUCACGGUGAUGGUGGUGAAGUUCAGGAAUAGCAGCAAAGCGGAGGAGCAGCAGUGAGGGAGCCCCCGGCCCGCCCGGGACUCGGGAUGUUGGGCCCGUGGCUCUGGAAGCGCCGUGCGGGCUCUCCCGGGAGGAGCGGCUCCCUCGGGGCUCUGUCCUCGGCUUGACAGAAGGAGCAAUACAACAAAUCCAUGCUGAGCAACAAGAAUCCGGUUUGUCCCCGUGUCCCCGCCUCCUGUGCCCUCGCUGCUCCCCAGGAACCGACUGGAAGCUCCCAUUUCUCACUUUUCUUUACGAUUCCCGUGCGGAUUUUGGGGUUGAUCCCUCCCCUCUCGUGUGCCGGCCCGAGGCUGGCUGGGGGCACGGCAGGGCCAGGCCAGGGCUGCUGCUUUUCCCUCCUGGGUGUCCCUGCCCAGAGGCUGCUCUCGUGUUCCCUGUGAGCUGCAGGGAUCAGGGUGGACGGGAGGAGGGUUUGUGACUGAAGGAGGAAGAGGAGCCGACUCUCAGCCUGCUGCCACUGCUGGCUCUCGCUUUGUUUCACCUCUGCCCAGAACAAACCCCUGCCAAGCAUGUGAGUAGGUAGAGCUCCUGAAUGACCACGUUUAUUCAGGCUGUGCAUUACUCUAGAGCAGUUCUUCUAGGCCAUAUUGUAUCCAAACCAACCAACGGUGAACUUCAGCAGAACCUGGGAGUUGUGGAGCUCCUGGGUGGGAGCGGAGCUCAGCUGUGAGGGCAGAACGUCCGUCCUUCCCCGAGCAGCACCCUGACCUUAUUUCUGUGGCACGGACUGGGAAAGUGAUGUGAGAGAAAAUGGGAUUUCACUGGUGACUGUUGGGAACCUGAUCCAAGCUACCUAGCUGGAAGCCAAGCCUGUGCAGGACUUCCUUGUGCCACUGCAGAUGGAUUUGUGGUGUUAAUCCCGGGCCAGACCCCUCUGGAACCAGUCUUGGGAUGACAUGCAAAUGCCAGGCAGCAUCAAUGCACUGUAGAGAUGAAAGGUUGUGUUAAAUCUAGGUUUAAAAAGUCUCUUUAGAUCUAACUUUCAGUAUUUAAUUGUAUUUUGGGAUCUGUGACUGCUGUAGGUUGGAAUGAGGCCAGUUUGAGUUUGCUGCACCUCUGCUGCCAGCUGUGUCAGGGCAGAGGGGCAGGGCAGGCAGGAUUUGGGAUGGUUUGUUUCUUACCCUGCCUUACAGAAGUCCUUGGGAUUUCCCCCAGAACGUGGUCCUGGACAAUCUGCUGGAGUCUCCAGGGAGCUGGAGGCUGCCCGUGUGUGGGUCUGGAGGUGGGUCAGGGGUGGGAUGGAUUACCUGGCAUUGCCUGAUCCUUGGGGAAGUCCAAUAUUCCUCAUUUCCCAGCUGCCUGGCACCCACUGCCCCCUGCAGGGCUUUGGGGUGAGGCUGAGCUGUGCUGGGGAGGUGCUGACAGGGUCGGGAUCUCUCAAGGCAAAAAUCAAAGAGCACAAAUUUCUGCUCCAGAAGGAAUCCCCAUCUUUGUCUUUCUGGUUUUGUCCCUAGGUCACACUCCCCCAACAAACUUCCCCCCUUUAAUUGGUGUGGGGAUAAUCUCAGCCCUUAAUUGGCUCUGAUGGUAUUUCCAGUGCUGUGCAAAAUGUGUCAGGACCCCUCUGCUCAUCCCGAACUCCGGGGAGAGCCCUGAGGAGUGUCCAGCAGGCUCUGGAGCAGCUGCACUGCUCCUCCCCGAGGGUGGGAGGCUCCU